AUGGAGGAACCAAUGCCACUUUUACAGGAACAACAACAGAAUAAUGGACAAAUGAUUAAUGCACAAGAAUUUACUACUUUUAACAACUUCAGUGGAAUACAACAACAACAACAACAACAACAACAACAACAAUAUCAACAAAAUCAAAUGCAACAACAACCACAAAAGACAGCAUAUUCAAGUCUUACACUUCAUAUCGAUAAUUUGAAUGAAAUAAGAAAUGAUAAAUACAAUUUGUAUGACUCAAAUGGCUUAGGAAUGGAAUUUCAAAAUGUCAAUAGGAAUACUUGUAUAACACAAGACGAUCAACACGUCGAUAUUUCAAAUAUUUUAAAUGUGUCAAAUCAAAUGGAGGUCAUCCCAAACAACAACAUGGAAGAAGAAGAUGUCAAUGAAGACCCGAAACAAAUGCAAAUGGACAAUAAAAUCAAUAUUUUUGAGUUUGAUCCGACACUGCAACAAAUUUAUGAAGAACACAAAGAUGACCCGAUAUUACAAUCGAUGUUGGAUGGUACAAUUCCUCUUCCGAAUGCAAUAGAGCCGAUACCAAUUGAGUCCAAUUCGUCAAUGAUCACAUUGAAAUUUAUCGAACCGGUUCAAUCGGGAACAACAGGGGAUGUGCAAACAACACUGCUGAAUGGUUUACGAAUUAUCGAUCUUGGGAAGUCGUGCAAACAAUCAAAUGAACGCCAAAGUAUAAAAAUGUUCAACGACGUGCAAAUUAUACGAGACGAAAAGAAUGAAUUUAACACGAGUGUUCCAUAUUUUGAAAUGAAAGAUGUAGACCCGAAUAAGCCGAAUAUCUCACUAAGUUUAAUGGAGUUUAUUGGAUACUUUGAAAGCUUGAAAGGGAUCAUGCCUCCAGUUGUUGGAGGGGAAGAAUGGCCUACUCGAAAUCAGGAGGGGACAACUGGAUAUGAUGAGAUAAGUGAUAUGUAUGAUGAUACAUGGGAAGAUGAACUGA